CUCUUAUCCCAACAGCCAUGAUCGAGAAACUUCAACUCCGAUGCAUUGGGUACGCAAACAAUGGUCCUCCUGGGAUGUUUUUCACAAUUUCAGUCGACGACGUGCGUCUGUAGCUGAAGCGAGUCCCCUUCACCGAGCUCCGAAAGCCUUCGGCGUUUCCUGAGCGGAGGAACACACGCGUCAUUUUGUGGAGCGAGCAGAAGGUGGGGAUAAAAGUGCUAAGCCCAACUUCUUCUCGGACCUUGCGCCCCCCACUCCAAUCCUUCCCCUCCACGACACGAAAGCAGAAGUCAUCAUGGCAGCACCCUAUACGGCAAAGUGGGGCAUCAUGGCCACGGGCGGCAUCGCCGAAAAGUUCGUGGGCGAUCUGCUGCUUGACCCAGCGGGGCGCGAUGUCAAUGACGUCCGACACGACGUCGUGGCCGUUGCCUCGUCGACGAACGCCGACCGUGCCUCGGCAUUUAUCAAGAAGCUCGGCUGCAAGGCCGACACAAAGGCCUAUGGCUCGUACGAAGAGCUGGUCAAGGAUGCCAAUGUCGACAUCAUCUACGUUGCCUCGCCGCACAGCGAGCACUAUGCCAACACGCUCCUGGCCCUCGAGCACGGCAAGGCCGUCUGCUGCGAGAAGCCAUUCACGAUCAACGCGGCCCAAACCAAGCACCUCGCCAAGGUGGCGCGCGAGAAAAACGUCUUUCUGAUGGAGGCCGUCUGGAUCCGCUUCUUCCCCCUCGUCAUUGCGCUCAAGAAGCUGCUCCACCAGGAUCGGAUCCUGGGCAAGAUCCACCGGGUGCACGCCGACUUUGCGAUGCACUUUGACGAGGACCCAAAGCACCGCCUCUUCAAUCCAGAUCUGGGCGGCGGCGCCUUGCUCGACUUGGGCAUCUACCCGCUGACGUGGAUCAUGGUUCUCCUGUUCGAGGACCCCGACAACCAGGGCACGGUGCCCACCUUCACGUCGCAGAUGCUCAAGACGCCCCUCACCGGUGUCGACGCGCACACCACGGCGGCCUUUGCCUUUGAGAAGACGCGGGCGAUGGGUGUCAUGACGACCAGCCUCGAGGUGGAGAGCCACACGGACCGAGUGGUGCUGAUCCAGGGCGAAAAGGGCACAAUCACCGUCCCAUGGGCGCCUUUCCGACCUACUUCUUUCAGCAUCCACCUCAAAGACAAGUCGAAGCAGAGUGCGCCCCUGGCACAGGAGGAGUAUCACGCGCCCGACCGCAGAGAGUUCAAGAUCCCAGGCCACGGUAUGUUCUGGGAGGCAGAUGCAUGUGCCAGGGCGCUGCGAGAUGGCAAGAUUGAGGCAGAGAGGUGCACGCUCCAGGACUCGACGAUCACCAUGACAAUCAUGGACAAGAUCCGGGCGGAGAACGACUUCAAGUACUCGGACAGGCUCGAGUCGACGAGGUCCGAUGCGUGAGGUGGCCCAGGAUUCGAAACUCAGAGCUGCUCUGUAUAUAUAAAAAAUAGGCCGCCUUCAGCGACUGGCGGGAUCUCGUCUGCUCUUGCUCGUGUGACUGGUGUGCAAUGAUUAUAGCAUUUAGCCCAAG